UAUACAAGUCGUGCAUGCGCCUCGUGGCUGACCGCUGAGUCAAACUGUUCUACGAUGAGUUCCAAUUUGGUAACGGUUCACAAUCAAGAAGAAAAUGUCUACAUUCAACACGGUCACAACGGAGAGAGAUCUUGGAUUGGACUCAAUGACCGAAGUGUGGAGGGCUCCUUUGUGUGGACAAACAAAGAAAUAAGCAAAUUUAGGUUCUGGGCCCCACAGCAACCGAACGACUGGAAAAACGAAGACUGUGUUCACACUCUCGGCGCCAGGCAUGGUUACACUUGGAAUGAUGUGCCAUGUACUAACUAUUACAACUACACUUGUUUUAAAGGUAAUAAGCGUAGCACUAUAAAGAUUUAUAACCGUAUAUAUCUUAAUCUUCACGUUCCAGAGAGUGAAUCUACUGAAUUAAAACUACAUCAAAAAGGUCGAAACACAAUUACAGCAUGUUAGGCAGAUGGUUAGACAGAUUGCACGAAAAUGAAGAGAGGGUAACACCGAUCAGUUUCAUUGUUAGAAACAUAGGGAAACAGGUCGUAUACAUUUGCAUUAAAAAAAAUGUCCAUUGACCUAAAAAUGGCCGCAAAAACAUGAAAUCGGCGUAAUCAAAAGAAGAACUAGACAGCGUUCAUACGUUGGAACCACGGGAAAAGUCGCGCUAACCUCCGCUUACCUUUUAACCCGGUUUUCUAAACACCUCUUUGCAAAUUAUUAAAGAACAUGAGUACAUACGUUAACUCAGGGCACGCUAACGACCCUUUUUGCAAGUUCCUUUUUUCAAACAUUUUUUUUCCCUUGCCAGUGUACGUCAAUUACCCAAAUACACCACAGUAUAUUUUUUUUAAACAAGCUUCAUUUACAAAAAAAGUCAUGUUGUUUGACAAGAAGUCUCUGUGUGCUUACUUUUUAGACUUGGAUGAAUGUACCACUGGUUCCCAUUCCUGUGACGUCAAUUCCGUAUGCCAGAAUACCGUGGGUUCAUACAAAUGCUCGUGUAAUGCUGGGUACACAGGAGAUGGAAAACCUUGCAAUGGUAUUUGAGAUACAGUUGAUCCUCCAUGUGCGACCACCUCUCCUAAGCGACCCAUAAGUCGACAUAGAGCUACACAUAUCGUAACUUUGAAAUUGCACACAAUAAAUUGUUUUUCAAAGAGACAACCUACUCUAAUCUGAAGGUUCUUAAACAAGACGAUGAAACCAUUGAAGGUGCAAUGUUUGUGUGCAAAAGCUCAACACUGUCAUGUCAUUUUGGAAAAAAAGCCUAAAACCAUAUUUGUUAAAACAUAAAAACAACAAACAAACAAGAACCAAAAAAAAUGGAUGCAUUCACCUUAGCUACCAGAUGUAAACCAUCAGGUAGAUUUAAUAUUAGUUAUUCUAACGCUUUACGUAACUUACAAUUCUCAUGCAGAUAUCGACGAGUGUUCUACCAACUCUCACAGCUGUGACGUUAAUGCGGUUUGCAGUAAUACUGUUGGAUCGUACGCAUGCGCAUGUAAAGCAGGAUUCGCAGGCAAUGGAAAAACACGCUCUGGUAAGCUGUUGCGGUGUUGUAAAAAAACGCUUCCAAACGAUGUGCGUGCCUGUGUUUUCUAUAUUCGAUCUUUACAUUUAAACAUGUAGAAAACGAUGGACAUAUAGAUUGUUUUCACAUGACGUCACGGCGGCCAUAUUGGUGUCCCAAAACAAUGAAACGGCGGCCAUGUUGGUGUCCCAAACCAGUCCUCUGGGAGUUGCACUCUUUUCUUAUACAAACGCUUUCUUUUGUUCCAAUAUAUUUGCAUAGAUGUUGGCCACGUGAGUGAAAACACUCUAUAACCUCAAUAGUUCCAAAUAAUAAUUAAAGCGAAACUAGAAAUACGUAUCUCGCAAAAUUUCACUAAACUCGUUCUUUCACAAUUGUCAAGCCCAGCCGGUUAGAAACUGAUUAGGUGACCAGGCUCUAAUCUGUCGUUAGACCUGGGACUCCUCUCUGUCUUCUGUUUUGUUUCAUUAUCCUAUUUGAUUUUCAUAUGCGUAUUUUAAAGCAUAUUUAGCACUUAACGGCUUAACCUCAAAACAAAGAUAGAUUUCAGGGAAGUUUAAAGGUAUUUUCUGUAAAACCCAAACUGAGAAGCACGUCCGACAAACAUAUCCUGCGAGCUAAAGCACAGGGGGCCCACACAAUCUGUUUGUGUAGCCCAUUGUUAUUUUAUAGUAACUGUACUGGAUUUACCGUUUCCUUCACCUAUAGCGAUAUAUCGCUAACUAUGUAUAUAAAUAAAUGAUAAAUAAACGUUGAAUUACCUUGCCUGUUGUGUAUAGUCGUCCUUUUGCCUCAAAAGCGGUUUUUUGAGCGAUUUUGAAUGAAUUUGAGUUCGCCGUUGACUGUUCCAUAUAAUAGAAGGACUUCUAUUAUAUGGAACAGUCAACGGAGAACUCAAAUUCAUUCAAAAUCGCUCAAAAAAUGCAAUGGUAUUUGAGAUACAGUUGAUCCUCCAUGUGCGACCACCUCUCCUAAGCGACCCAUAAGUCGACAUAGAGCUACACAUAUCGUAACUUUGAAAUUGCACACAAUAAAUUGUUUUUCAAAGAGACAACCUACUCUAAUCUGAAGGUUCUUAAACAAGACGAUGAAACCAUUGAAGGUGCAAUGUUUGUGUGCAAAAGCUCAACACUGCCAUGUCAUUUUGGAAAAAAGCCUAAAACCAUAUUUGUUAAAACAUAAAAACAACAAACAAACAAGAACCAAAAAAAAUGGAUGCAUUCACCUUAGCUACCAGAUGUAAACCAUCAGGUAGAUUUAAUAUUAGUUAUUCUAACGCUUUACGUAACUUACAAUCCUCAUGCAGAUAUCGACGAGUGUUCUACCAACUCUCACAGCUGUGACGUUGACGCGGUUUGCAGUAAUACUGUUGGAUCGUACGCAUGCGCAUGUAAAGCAGGAUUCACAGUCGAUGGAAAAACAUGCUCUGGUAAGCUGUUGCGGUGUUGCAAAAAAAAAAAAAAAAAACGCUUCCAAAACGAUGUGCGUGCCUGUAUUUUCUACAUUCGAUCUUUACAUUUAAACAUGUAGAAAACGAUGGGCAUAUAACCUCAAUGGUUCGAAAAAUAAAUAAAGUAAAACUAGAAAUACGUAUCUCGCAAACUUUCAUUAAACUCGGUCAUGCACAGUUGUCAAGCAAAACCGGUUAGAAACUGAUUGGGUGACAAUGGUCUAAUCUGUCGUAAGACCUAGGACUCCUUUCUCUUCUGUUUUCUUUUUGUCUAAUUGUCCUAUUUGAUUUUUAAAUGCCUUGAAUCAAACCCUUAUGAGUUUCUGGUGUAAUGUAAUGUUUUUUCCCUUCGUUUCUAUGUAAAAAAGGCAAAAAAAAAAUCGAUUACCUAUUGUACUUAAACAGGAUUAACGCAUAGAGAGAAUGAGAGUAAAUGACCUUGUUGACCAAGAGUUUGCUGCAUCACUAAACAAGAAGCCUUCCUCACUUUUUUUUCCAGAUAUCGACGAGUGCUCUACCAACUCUCACAGCUGUGACGUUAAUGCCGUGUGUAGUAAUACUGUUGGAUCUUACGCAUGCGCAUGUAAAGCAGGAUUCACAGGAGAUGGAUUCACAUGCACUGGUGAGUCGUUUGAGUACAAUUUUGUUUGUUAGAUAUGUUUGUUUUUUGAGUGAACCGACAACAACGACAGCAAUGCAACAGUCUUUUGUGCUCUUCUCGCCUUUUACAGUUAAAGUUUUGGUUAGGCUGGAAUUUAUACUAAUUUUAGUAUUGACUAUUUAGUAAACAAAAACAAAAGCGGAGCCAAGCGGCCAGUUUAUAUGACAAGUGCAACGAUGGCGACUGUUCAACCCUGCGAUUAUUAUUUUUUUUUUUUGGCCAAAAAGUCACUUGGUUCGAUACCUUAACUGUAAAACAAUGAGAAAUAAUGAUAAACAAUCAUGUGUUAUUGUUUCUGCGACCAAUGAGGAAACACCUUAGAGCAGCUCUUUCAUUACUGGUUUUUUUUUUUUUUUUGGCAUCACGCUUAAGAUAAUUCAUUUCGUUUUUCUCGUUCUGUUUUCUUUUAGCAAUGAAAACCGUUCUGAUUAUACAUUUUGGCAUUUUUCGUUUUGUAGAUAUUGACGAGUACUCCAGCGGUACUCAUAACUGCCACAGUUCACUUGCUUCAUGUACAAACACAGUGGGAUCUUUUAGUUGUUCAUGCGACAAUCCUUACACUGGAAAUGGCAGAUCUUGCAAUCUAGCAUCAGGUAAUCAACUCGCCGAAUAUUAGGAAGAUGUCCGUUUACUAAACCUCUAAUAAUUAUGCCGGCAUAGGGAACGUCGUUACAUCCGGUAGGAUUGUCCCAAUACUCAUUUCGUACCUAAGUGACUAAGCCAGCCUUCAACAAAUGUUUGAGCUUCUCACUCUUCUCACUCGUUCAAUAAUUGUUGAAUAUAUGAACUGAUUAUGACUAAAUAAGGUUAUCUCAAUAUAAGCUUCAAUAGAAGACGAACACUUUGAACUUGUCUCCGCCAUGUUAAGGCGGGGAACAAAAAAAUCAUUAUAUCGAUCACGAUAUGAGCACUAUUACUUUUAAUCAGGCGAGUUUAUUUCCUUAAUUUUGCCGAAUAACUGCGAAGCGGUUAACUUAUCGUCGAGAACUAACUGUUACCUAAGUUCUACAACUUUAAGUUGAACAGAGGAAGACUUAAGUUAGUGGUCUUAGUUAUUUGGCGAUAGGGUAAACAUAUCUUUUUUGUUUACUGGAGAUAUAAACUGCAUGCAUUCGGAGAUAGACCCAAAGCAAGAGACAGAGAAUGUUCCACUAAAUCCUAAUUCGCUAGUAUCUUUUCCCCCUUUUUUUAGUAUAUUGUGUCUUAUAUUUUGUUUUUAUUCAUUCACGGUGACCUUUGAAAGAAAUUCAGUUUGCUGCAUCCGCUUUCCUUUCCCUUACAGUGUAUUUUGUUUCGCUCUUCUUUUACUUUAUUCUUAUUUAUUAAUUCUGUGCAAAUUUGUUUUACGACAUUUUACCCUGAACGCCAAACGAAGAUAAACACGACUUCAAUCAGUAAUAUAUUCGUACCGUGCGCAACAUUACAUUGGGGGAGCUUAAGCAUUGAAGACCACCAUAGUAAUAAAUUUAGAUUAGCAACUUUGCACGUUUAUCAUGCUUUACUGAAUAAGGUGAAACUUCCUUGAAAAACUUAUCAAUAUUUUUUAGUAGGCGUAUCGUCCAAUGGACUUUACGAACUUAAACACUUGGGGCGGGGAGGGAGGGGGAUUAAUUCGGUCUGAGGGAAAAUACGAGUUAGAAUGGCUGAAACAAUUUAAUGCAGAUAAGGAUGAACGUUUUAUAUAAAUAGUAAUGCAAAUGAACUGUUAUGUAAUACGGUCAUCCUAAUUUGCAGCAAAAUGAAAAGUCAAAACGUACUUGAACAAAAACAAUCGAGGUCAAAAAAAAUUCACCCUAAAACAAACAACAACAAAAAAACCUUAUUCUUAAAAAAAAAAAAGAAAAAAAUUCUCGAAGUUUUUUAAGUGAGAAACACCAGGCCAAUCCAAUUUCACUACUGAUAUCGGGCCAAGAAGAAGCUGGUGAAGCAGGAGACACAAGCAGUUCUUACAUGUAUCCGUCACUGACCGGUUUGCGAUUCUGCAAAACUUAUGAAUUCCCAUUAUGUCGCGUCGCGUCGUAGUUGGAUGGAGCGACACUCUCUUUGAACGUUUUUCCCUCUUGUACGAUUCAGAAUAACUGUCACUGGAAAUUUAUUUAAUUUGGAUAGCAGUUUUGCGAAGGCAGGUAGACGCUUAAGGCCUGUUUACAUGGAAGUAGGGAUCCCCAGGUUUAAGUGAGGUGACCCGCUUAGGUAGGGUAACCCGCCUGUCUUUACAAUCUCUCGUAUGGUCACCCCCUACCUAUUAUGUAAACUUGAUCAAAUUAAAAUGAGAGAUUAUAUGGACAGGCGGGUUACCAACUACACGUGAACAGGUCUCUAAACUGUGUACUUGAGGUUGUACAAUGUAUUUGCAUAAUUAUAUCUGACCAACCUUUGUUAUUUUGGCUGCUUGUGUGUUCCCAUUUUAUUGUUUUUGUUUUGUUUUUUUUUUCAGUAAAAAAGAGAAAGCCGUUAUUUAGAAAAAUCCUAUUGAAAUGAAAUAUUUAGUAACAGUAAUUGUUUAUCAGGCUACCCCAUAAAAUGGCUUUUCAGCCAACUUUGCAAUUGCAAUUUGAUAAUUAAAAGCAUAAUUAUCUACUUCACAAUAUGUGAAAUUUAUUGGAAAAAAACUGAAAUAAGGAAAUGACGCCUCUUCACUUCAGCCUUAUAUUAAGCCCCCGCUCAAAAGUGCUUGAAAAAAAUAAGUCCCCGGGGGGCUUAAUAGAGGAUUUACGGUAAGCUGCUUGACAUUCUCUUUAUUACCUAAAGAUUCUGCAAAGUCAUUCCAGAAGCGGACUGCUCAUGGCAGCUGACCGGAAGGCAUGUCUAACUUGUUUCUGUUUCCGAUAUUACGAGAGUGCGCAUCGACCAUUUUCUUAAACCUGUUACAGAUAAGGGGCUGGGCAAGCCUCUUAACAUGUGUUAAAUAAGCUCGAAUUUUUUUUAAGGCUUGUCAAAGAAAGCAAGGCACGCGUUUUAUCACUGGUUAGAAAAUCUUGCGCUCAUUACGCUCGAAUGUUAAACCAGUGAUAAAACACUGCUGUUCAUGUUUUAAACAUUUACUAAACACGGAACGCUUCAGACUAGAAAACGAUUGUUUUUCCUUUUCCUACAUUGAGAUACAUUACCUUAGAAUUAAACACCAUAAAACAUUCACCAACAUUUGACAAUUAACUUGAACGAAAUGGAAUAAGAGUGAAAAAAUUAAUUUGAAACAGCGUAAAUACACUUUUUUGUGGCGUUUUCGCUCCAUGCCUUCGCAGUAGUGGUUGCUUGACGCUCCUUAUAUGGAAAGAGACCGUGACUGAUAGGGAGAUCGGGUAUGCCAAAUAUGGAGAAUAUGGAAUCUACGUCUCCGACUGAGUUAAAUAAACUUUGGAGGGGCUAAACUGUAACGUCACUGAAAUUCGCAGUAGGCUGCGAGAUUAAAAGCAUGCCAUUUGAAGAGAGAGCAUCAUGCCGCCAGCACGCAAGCUCAGAAAGAAAAAAAAAACUUUAUAGGCGUUUGUUAUUUUGCGCCUUUUCCUGAUCAUUAUGAUAACAAGCUUCAAGCGUAUCUGACACUUGCUAGCUUGUUAUUGUAAAGGGAAGAUCUACAGGAAGUCUAGUUCGCUGCUUUCCGUUAUUUGCUCUAUGAGAUCCCUUGACGCACACGGAUCCGUGCAGAAGAAGAAAAUGAAAUUGCAUGAAACUGCAGCCAAUGAAAAAAAUCAAACAGGAAUAGUUCGUACUUCCUUUUGAGUUCAUGGGCAUCCUCACUCAAGGGAGUGAAACUCAACCUUGCUGCCAAUGUUCCCAGGCAACCUUAUAGCACUAGACCACUCAGUAAGAAUUUUUUUUUUUUUUACAGUUGCAAAGGUAUAAAGUAAAAGUAUUUUAUUACCUACACUACAACGCGCGGAAUUUGUGAGUUUUUUUAGUUAGCCACAUUUUCAUUAACUAACUGAGUUAUUCCUCGCGCGUUGAUAGGAUAAUUUCUUUCAAUAAUAAGGGACCGACCAUUUAACUCUUUAGGUGGGGGGGGGGGAUUUCUGCUCAUCAAGAAUUUUUUUUCUAGCAAUCUGCUGGGCAGGAUAUUUUUUUCCCUUCUAAAUGCCCCGCAGGAUAUUUUUUUCCCUCCUCAUUUCUCUGCAGGAUUUUUUUCCUCAAAAAAGGGUCAUGUGUUUACAUAUACAGAAUGUAUUUACAUUUACAUUGUGGUCAUUGCAGUAAUAAUUCUAAUAUGGAGCUGCAAAGCCUUAAAAUUGUAUAGCUAUGUUUUUGGAAAGUCAUUCUUUACACUCAUUUUAUAUUACGUCACAAUAAAGUGAUGCAUCACAGGCAGAUGUGAAAACGUUUAGUUUCUUAAUUAAAAAAAUAGCCAAACUUUGUCCAAGGGAGGGGAUGUUUUGAAUAACAAUUAAGGUUUGAAAUGGCAGAGGGUGUGGAAUUUGAAUUUUAUUGACCAAGAAUAUUUGAAAUCAAUCGUCAAUAGCCCCCGGGUAUCCCUGCACUCCCCCCAUUGGGGCUAGACAUUGAUAGGUGCAUUACUAAAACUUAAAAAAAUAUUACAUUAAAAUAGAAAAACGGCAUUGCAAAAAUAUUAUAUUUAAAUAGAAAAUAAUUACAUAAAAAUGUUUCUGUUAAAAACGAGAAAAAUAACUUCCUUUGUCUAUUAAAACUUGAUUCUUUAAUAAAAAAAAAAUUACCUCCAUUUAGCUUGUGAUAAGCUAAUAAUGCAUCGCACAUAUGAAGCAAUAAUUUUGCAGCAUCAUCAAAUCCAGUGUUCAAAAGGAGCAAGGGAAGAGAAUGGUUCCAGUUUUGCUGCGAUUUUGUAAAGCCCCCCGGAAUGACGAAAUAGCUUUGCAACAUUUUUUCUUUCUUUCUUUCUUACAGCAGCGCAAUAAUUUUUUUUCGAUUACAUUUAAUUGUGCUGCAUGCAAUUUUUUUUUCUUCCGACACGCGCGCUUGCAGGAAAGAGUUAAAUGGUCGGCCCCCAAGAGAACAGAGAUAAAAUUUUAAUUUCUGUAAGACGAAACACCCGCUUAGGGACUGUGCAAUAAUUAUCAGGAAGGGGGGGUCCUAAAAUGAGCUUCACCAAAGGAAAAAUAAGAUAAGUCCCCCCCACCAGCAGCGUCAAGAUUAGCUCUGACCCCCCCUCACGUUCUCUCAAAAUUAUGAUGUGUUUAUGCUGGUGCAAUAUUUAGACAUUAUACGGAUAGUCAAAGGAGUGGCAUCUGUCUAUUUGGAAAAUGUUUAUUUAUUCAUUAUCGAAUUUGUGAAGACCCCCCUCAACUUACUUGAGAAAUCUAAUGUAGAGCUCCCCCUCCUUCCCAUUAUUUUAACUUUGCCCCCCUCCCUCUGGUUUUGGGCCCCCCCUCCUGAUAAUUAUUGCACAGUCCCUUAAUACGGACACCCGUAUACACCCGUAUAAACGGACAGUUUCUAAUAUUUACCCUUUUAAUAUGGACACCGGCUAAUACAAGGAAUAAAUGGACACUUUUCUGUGUCCCGGGGCACAAACUCUGUCAACGCUGCUAUUUAUGGACACAGGUAAUAUGCGUACCGUCUAUUUUCCUUGUCACAAUUACGUGCUAAUUGUAGAUAUUUUACGCUGUUUAAACAAUGACAGAUUUCUUUGGGUUUAAAUAGCAGAAUAGCGUGAUAUGCUUGAUUUUAAGUCUGUCUUUUUUCCCAUGUUUGACCCUUGCACCAUAUGUAGCCAUUAAAUGAUUUUUUCCGCCUCCUACUUCACAAGUUUCACUUCCUUGGCUUUCCGCCGCAGUCAUCGGUCCUACCCUUCUUCCUCUUUGUUUGCCUCAGUCUUUAUAUUGAUACAACAUGUGUCCUGGACUUUUUUUCGAGGAGCCCUCUUAAUAAGGCCAUCUGGAUGAUACACACACCAUGGCAUGUCCCCUAACUGUCCUUCAGUGUUAAUCGAGUUCUUCUAGAGUUUCUUUUUGAAAAGAAAGUAAAAAUGUUUAUUACUGAUCCUUUUUUCCAAACUUUUGUUAUUAUAGUAAAAAGGAAAUUGACCCCAGGUCAUAACAUUGUCAAAUUUUCUGGUAGAUUCACUCGCCUGGGACUCGUGCACGUGGAUCCACAACACUUCUACAACGUUAUGAUGCUAUUUUAUCAUCAAUAAGAGGACAGACGAUAAAAAACCUAGCGUCAAUGUGAUUAAUUGAACCAAUUUUAGCGCAUAAAAUUAUUAUUUAACCUACUAUUUCCCUACUUCAUCGUAUGAAGCAGAGAUCACUCAUCCAUUUGCAGCCGCAGAUCGAGGCAGCUUAAGAAUGUCUACAGGAUAUAUUUGUUUCCCUUUUCCAUGUCAUUGCUUAAACUUGACUGUAUGUCCACCAUGGGAAAUGUUAGAUGACGCAAAAAUUACCGACUUUGAGCCUGUUUAUGUACAAUACAUAAAACGUUUCGAAACAUUAAAUUACAAGAGAUAUUAAAAUAUUCAAUGAUUUUCUAGCUUUUCAAAAGUUAAAUCAUUAUUAUUUUUUUAUAUAUAGCAGAAUGUCAGAAUUACACAAGUCUUAAAAGCGGUGACAGAAAGAUUACGUACAUUACACGAAACUCUCGUUGUGACAGUGGAAUCGGACCUGGUUGGUUCCGUUUCGAGGGGUCCGCCGGUACAAGAAUGGCAACUUCAUGUCCACCUGGUGAAAGGUGUGGCGCUGUUGCACCCGGCUGGUUGAAUGGUGGACACCCCACGGUAGCAGAUGGUCAGGUCAGCAGGACGGUGUGUUUUUCCCUCGAGAAUAACUGCUGUCAAUGGUCAACAGACAUCUAUGUGAGAAAUUGUGGUUCAUUUUAUGUGUACUAUUUUAGUGGUAGUACACCUACUUGUGAUCUCCGUUAUUGUAGUACUAACUAA